AUGGAAAAAUAUGACUGGAAGAUCAACAUUAAAAUAAACAUUUUGUUGCUACGAAUUAUGGGCUUGUGGCCAUCGAGUGGCACCUCCAACAAAUUCGACUUCUACAUAUUUUACACUUUCAUUCUAGUGAGUUUGUUUAUCAUAGGUCACAUAUCUUUUCAAGUUGUCAACAUUUAUUUCAUUCGUGAUAAUUUGGAGGCACUGGCUGGAACGUCAUACAUACUUUUAGUAGAGCUUUUAGGAGCCUGUAAAGCUUACUUAUUGCUGAGAAACAUGACGUUAUUAAAGCGACUUUUAACUCUUCUCAACAGCGACUUAUUUCAACCAAGAAACGAACAUCAACGGAUUUUAAUAGAACCAAGUAUUCGAUUUUGGAGAACGAUUUACAACGUAUUUUUGGUCAUGUGUUUCGGAUCUAACGCUUUUUGGGCAGUUUUUCCAUUUUUGGACAGAAUACCAGGACAUAGACGACUGCCAUUUUUGGCAUGGUAUCCAUACAAUGCCCAAAUGUCUCCGUACUACGAAAUCACUUACGUUUAUCAAAUUAUAAGUAUAAGCUACCUGACCCUGGUUCAUGUGAAUGUUGAUACUUUGGUUUCUGCUUUCAAUGUAUAUACUGGGUGUCAGUUUGAUUUGUUGAAGGACAGUCUAAUAAAAAUUGGUGAUGAUUCGAAAACUUGUCGUGUUGACAAUAAUGUGACUAGGUGCAUCGAGCAUCACAAGGAGAUACUUAAUUUCGUAGACAAUUGUAACCAGUUUUUCAACUGGAUUUUAUUUCUGCAAUUUUUUAUAAGCGGAGUAUCUAUUGGAAUUACCAUGUUUCAACUAACUCUGGUUGUGCCCUUUUCCAACGAAUUUUACUCGCUUUUGUCGUACGGAGUGGCCAUCAUAGUUGAAAUAUUUAUGUAUUGUUGGUUCGGAAACGAAGUCCAAGUCAAGAGUGACACUUUAUCUUACGCCGCUUUUGAGUGCGACUGGACAGAUUUACCCCAAGACAUAAAACGGAAACUUUUAUUUUUCACCAUGAAUUUACUGCAACCUGUGCGACCGUCGGCUUUAAAUUUGUUUUAUCUUUCCUUGGACACUUUUAUGAAGAUUCUCAAAACGGCGUGGUCUUAUUUUACGCUUUUGCAUCAAAUGAAUUCGUAA